CGCUCAGAGGUGCGACCGCUCCGCGCUACUCCGCGAUCGCGUCGCUUCGCGUCUCCGCUCCGCCAGCGCCUCUUACGGCGUCGCCGCGAAACACUACCUGCAACCGCAGCAGCGCGAUUGUCACUCGUUCGGCGGGCUGUGACAAGUGAACGACGACCGCCACACUACCGGCUUUCUCCAUCCUCUUCGAGGGGUUGCGUAGUCAAGAAGGCAGCAUUCAGUGUUUAAGGGUGGCUCGUCACCCCUUGUGCGCAACCCUCUGCGUUUGCCGGCUGAUCGCCCAGCAUACGUUACUGGCAACCUGUUCCAGCUGAAGCUCUCCACUGUAAAGCAUAGCAGUCAGAGGCCGAAUGUGUGUGUGAUCAGAAACAGCUGUUCCUUCGUGCGUCAUCUGCUAUGCUUCCAGCCGGCGCCGACUUCGACGAACUUUGAUCCGAAGCUCGUUCGAGAAAUGAGCUCUAAAUCUGCGGCGACUUCAAAGUGUCGGCUCGGCCAGUCUCUUCCAGCUAUAUUUUUGUGCUGUUCCUCUUUUCUUCCUCUGCAGUACUGACAUCCUCACUACUUUACUUCAAAAGAAAAAAAAAAUUGUGCUCUUUCGUCAUCGUUAGAAGCCACAAGCAAUUCGGACGAAGCGGAGCAUUUAAUCCCGUUUCCAGCGAUCCAGCGCUCGCUCAUUAACGCUGCACCCGUCAUGUGGCUAGGAGAUCAGUGCUCGCGAGUGCGUUUUAUUUAGAGCUGUACAUGUUAAACUCGUAAUCGGUUUCGCGGGGCGAGCUAUGCAGGGCAUUUAAAUGGAUUUUCGAGAGGAAACGAACCCAGCGAUUACCGAAGUCCUGCCUUCGUAAUUGCGCUGUAAAUGGGCGCCCGCACGGCUAUUAGUCGGGGUUUCACAGAGAUUGCGUUGGUACAGUGUCGUAGCUGUUGCGCGAACUUUUCCGCUUCCCCGCUGACGUUUGGUUACUGCGCUGUUCCGUGCAAAACUGACGAGUGAAGGAGUGUCAUAGCUGUCGCAGGGAGGUUAAUGUUUCCCCACUGAUGUAUGGUUAUUACGCUGCGAGCAGAGUUGUGCGGUGCAAAAUCAACGAGUGAAGAUAUCUCGAUUCACAAGUGAAGGUUGAAUAGCCCGAAGCGGUGGUGCAGUUACGAAGCGGCAAAAAAUGUGGUAGGUACUGAAUCAGCAGAGAGAAAUGACGGUCAGGCUAUCAGUAAUGAUGCCUUGAACCGAGAUUUUCGUUUUUUUUAUGUAAUACGGAAGAGCUGAAAUUGGUUACUUGACGCUUGUCUCAGUGCUAACUGGUGUCCCUGUUACGGACGCGAGUGCAAAGUGCAGCUCUGGAAAUUCAGUUUCGUUCUAAGUGAGAGUGUGUGACAGUGAUCGACGCACAGUGGUUGUACAGCUAGUGGUUAUAUGUGUUUUUCGUACUGCUGCUGCUUUUGCAGUCACAGAGUCCAUUCCCCUGUGGACGCAACUUAUGACAUAGAAACAAACGUGUGACAUCGGAACAAGACGGAGCCGUGUGAGUGCGCAAACUGGUCACGUCAGGUUCUCCAAGUGGUGCGGAGAUAAGAGGAGGUAACGUCAGACGAGCCAGCGAUUGCGGCGCCAGGCGGGUCCGUUUGCGACAGCGGCAGCAGCAGCAGCAGCAGCCGCACGACCGCACUUCCGGCAAGUGAGCCUGUCCGGCCAAUCCGCCGGCGCGGCCCUCUUCCGGCCGGCUCCAGUCCAGUGCAGCGCGAGCGGUGACGGGUGCAGCGUGGCCACGCACGCGGCGCGCUGGUGUUCUCUGGAGGCCGGAUGGCGGCCGCCGCCGUCGUCGUCAAGAAACCCCUGGCGGGCGCGCCGGCCCCGCCCUCGAGACGCGAACGUCGACGGCCCCGCUGCCGCUGCUGUCAGCCCGCCGUCUCCGCCUGCCGCCGCUUCUGGGAUGAGCUGCUGGACGCGGUGCGGCGGCGGCGCAGCGGGCAGCAGAGGGACCAGCAGGACACGAGUGAGGACACGGACGAGGACCUGGGGCUGCCGCGCUCUCCCACCAACUCGCCGCCCACCACCGCGGACGUGCUGCUCGACAAGACGCUCAAGGAAAACCCAACCAAAUCUCAUAGCACAUGCAGUGAUGGGUCGUUACUCAGCAUGGGUAGCUCCGAAAUGGACGAGGACUCCAUGGGACAAAACUCUGGUCAUUCCUCAAAGAUUUCUCUUCAAGACAAGAAAAUUUACCAGGAAAAUGCAUCAGAUGCUGAACUGGACAUUGGAGUGUUAGCUGUACCACUCAGCCACAGUGCAGCAAGGCAUAAGAUGGCUGUGCGGCCUAAAAGAACACACGGAGCACCCAGACGACACAGAAUGCAGCAGAUUUCUGCUGGGAGCUCCCUGCCUACAACCCCAGAAGUAAAUGAAGAAGCAUCUUGUAGGAGUACAAGUCCAGAGGUGAAACAAAGGAAAGCUCUCACUCCCGGAGAACAUGUGAACAAACUGCCUCGAAGCCGGUCAAAUGCUGCAUACAGACAGACUGAAGCAUCUUCAAGCAGCCGCUACAAACGAGCAGCAUCUGCUUCAGAACUUGAAAUGAAUAUGUCGAGUAUAAUUGCCCUAGAAGCUCUCACAAAAUCAAGGGAAAUGUUUGGCGUUGUUGGGGAAGAGGAUGAAGAUGAGAAAGCAGACAUUGCAGAAGAUAAGGAUGAAAAUAAAGAAAAAGAUGAAAAGAAAGAGGAAACAACCUUUUUCGGACGGCUCUUGUCGAGACGUAGUGGGAAAAAGAAAAAGGAAAAAUCAGAUGAUGUAGACAGCAAUCUUGGUGAUAACUUAAACAAACAGAUUUCAGCUCCACCACUCAUACCAAAGCGAAUAAAUGAAGGUGGGCAAUAUGCCAAUGACUUUUUCACUGAUUUUACUUCCCAUGCGUCAUCUAGGCAUCAUAAUACCAAAUUACAGCCACGAAGUUCUGCUGCCUCACGUCAGAGAGUAGAGCCAAUUAAUUUACCACCAAGUCCUGAAAUAGAAAAAAGAGGAAAAGUUCUUGAAGUCCCUGAAGUUACUUCCAUUCCUCCAAAUGAUUAUGGCUCAGAUAUUUUAGUGACUGACAAAAAUGAUAACGUAAGUGUAGCAGAAAAAGUAGUUCCAGAUGUGAUGCAUGGAAAUCUCUCUGUUUCUCCUCCAAAACAUGUGUGGACAUCACAUAGUGCAGGAGGUAGCAAAGAACUUAAUUCCACUUCAUUGCAGCAUAUAAAUGCAGAUAAAAGAUCUGAAAGUCAAGAUUCUCUCUCCAAUGAAAAUGAAUACAAAUCUUCCUUCAGAAUUGGUGAAGCACUACCUCAUGAGCAACCACUUCCUAGUGCGUAUGAUGAAACUGAUGAAAGAGAAUGCAGUUCCUUGGUGAACACAGUUGAGAAACCAAGCUCUCCAAAAUUUCCAGUCAAAAAGUCUCAGAGCUUUAGAACUGAUAUAGAUUUUUCACAGAAAACUCACAAAAAACCAGCAUCAAAUACAAGCAAUACAUUAAGUAACAUUGUUAAAGAAAGCCAAGAUCUGAGCUUUCAGGAAGAUGUAAGAGAAGUAGAAGAGACAACAAUAUCUUACAAAAGCACAAUUUCAGCAACAAUAUCUGCUGAUGAAACAAACAUUAUGACAAUCAGUAGUGAAAGACCACUGAGUACAAAACCAAUGGAAAAAGAAUUAUUGUUUUACGAUGAAACCGCUACCAAUGAGAAGACAAACCUGUUUGCAAACAAUGUUUAUGUAUCAACAACAAGCGUUCUAAAAGAAAAGACAAUUGAAAAUAUAUUCACAAGUGUUUCAUCUCCUGAAGUUCCUCUAGCUAAGGAAAAUGUAGGAUCUCUUGAAAAGGCUGCCUCUUCAGAAAGUAUCAGUACUGAUCAUUAUUCCAAAACUUCGUCUGUGCUAGACUCUAAACCAGCAAAAACAUCCUCAGGUAGUGAAAAUGAUACCAACUACACUCAACAUGUAGUGUUGCCACCUGGCACUGAUGGUAUCACUAUCACACAAACAUUCACAAAACAUGAAGAAACUAAAACAGACUUAAAAGGGAAUGGUUCACAUUUCAUGCAGCAGCAUAACAUGGAUAUCUAUAAAGGUGAAAAUACAAUGGAGGAAGUUGUAAAAGCUGACCUUUCAGUAGACACUCAGCCUUCUAUAGCAGCAAUAAAUGAUGCAACUCAACAGCCUAACGAGCUGGUGAUAACUGCACAAGAAUCAACAAAAACUGAGUCGAAUUUACCUGAAAUGCUAAGUGGACAAGAAAGUACCGCAAAGAGUUUUGAUAAUGCCAGGAAAAGUGCUGAUUUACCAAAAACAUCCCCUGGAUUAUCUCAGCAGGAAAAAGAUUUACUUGCACACAAUUUUACUCCCCGACCACAACCAACAAAACGUGAACCUCGGCUUGCUACUGCAUCAGAACACGUUCCUGAAUUUCUCAGAAUCCAGCUGAAUCGUGUUGAUAGUCAGCCUGCAGUGAAUGUAAUUUUUGAUACUGAUAAACCUGAUCCACAAAGAAGUCGUUUGAAAAGUAUUGAUGAGAAGUUAGGUAUAAAGACUGAACAGACAGAUGAAGCUGAUGAACAAGCAAAAAGGACAUCACUCAUUUCUGAGACAUCCCAGGAAACAAAUGGAACAACAUCUUCCAUUAAGCAGAAGCUCUUUAGAGAAGAACAGUUCAAAGCAGUUAAGGAUGGUGCUGAUGGUAGAAAUGUAACUGGAAAACCUGUUGGCCACACAUCGGAUGGCAUACAGAAGAUAUGUGAACCUGCUUCUACAUUUGAAGAAAUAGCAAAGCCAGAAGCAGGAAUAAACAAUCCUGUGAAAACAAAGAGAAGUAUAUCAUUAACAGCAACUCCAAGUCAACAGAAUAGAAAUUACUCAGUUGUUUCAAUAUCAUCUGAAAUGCAAACAGCACGCCACCCAUCAAAGUUUGCUUUUAAGAAACAAUCGUCUAGUUUUGAUUCUCCAGAUUCUCACAUCCCUUUGAAUGAUAAUAUCCUAAAUGAAUCUGAAGAUAUGAAGACCACAAAUAAGUGUGAAGGGUCCAUAAGUACAAAAGAUUUUGGUACACAAGAUGUAGUAAUUCGUAAAAAAUCUGUGCAAAGGGACCCCAUCCUCAGAAAGGAGGAAGACUGUUUUCCUCCUGUUGAAAGGUUUUCAUCAGGACGUGAGUCAGUCUGUUCUGAGGCAAGCUCUACAGAUAAUAGCCACAGGAGCUCAAAAUCAAAAGAAACUUUUGGAUCAGAGUCAGGCAGUGUAUUUGAGAAUAGUAUGAACGAAGUAGUUCUACGUAAAAAGUCAGUGACAAAAGAGAUAGGCCUUAAAAAUGAGGAAGAACCUGAGUUACUCAAAGUAUUUGCUAGAAGAUCUCUUAAACUGAAAGAUAGUGAUAUUGAAGUUCUUAGUCAACAAAGUCUCUCAUCAAAGAACCGGGAAAACCAAGCCGUCUCUGACACUCAGGCAACAAAAUCAAGAGAUAGUGACAAAGAAAAUGAAUGUGGAGAUUCACCUAAAGAAGAGAGGAAAAAGUUGCCUGUUAAGGAACCACUUGUUGAGUCAAAACACCACACAGACAUAGUCCCUGAACCACCUAUUAAAGUAGCUGCCCCCGUGAAUAAUACCCGACACAGCAGCCCAGCAAAUUUUAAGUAUCAAAGAAGUAUAAGUGGAAGCAGCACUGCAAGCAAUGAGAACACAAACAUAAACGAGAACAUUUUAUCACCCUAUAAAAAGGAUAACAUGAGCCCCGAAAAACGCAUUAGAAAUAGAACUGUUCCUGAAUCACAGCGCACAGAUAGUUGCUUCAUUUCUUCAGAAAGAACUCCACACAGAGCUUGGGCAAACAUAUACAAAGAGAAAGAAAUGCACAUUGUAAGCACUGAGAGCAAAACAGCAGCAGAGAGACUGAAUACUCAGACUGAAAAUGAGACUAAUGCUUCAGAGGUUGAAGAAAGCAGCAUUCCAAGAUUCAAGCGCAUACAGCAGAGGCGAGAGGAAUGGGAGCAACGAGCACAGCUGGCCUCAAAGAGGAAUCUGCCUUAGGUGCUAAAACCGAAUGUAACCCAAGAAGAAACAAAAGAAAUGUUCUCCUCCAUUGCUGGAGAUGGUAGCAAAUUACAUGAAUAUUUUGUUACUCACUUCACAAAGAGUGAAAUUGGUUUCAUGGAGCAAUCACUGCAACUACAUAAACCAUAUUUUGUAAUGCUAAUGGCGAAGUAUUUCAAUACUGGAGACGACUGUGUAAUUUUACACUUUUGAGAUAAAAUAUUAGCUUGUCACAUGAAUAGCUUUUCAUAACAUUUUGUGAAAUGAGGUUACAUAUUUUAGACUUUUUUAUGUCCAAAGGUGCAUAGUUUCAUUGUGGAGUUUUUGUGGUAAUGCAUUUCAGAUGAGACAUUUAUUUCAAAUGACUUAUAAAUAAAUACUACCCUGUGCAAGAAAAAUGAAACUAUAAAAACAAAGCACGAUGGUGAGUAUUGGAAGAGAGACUCUGCCACAGCUUAGAGACAGAAAAUGUCAUGAAGUAGAACUCAGCAACUGAGUUUUUAAUAAGUUUGGCUAACUGACCUACAUCUCUAUCGAAAUUCAACUUUUUUUUAACAAGCUGAAGGAAUUUGUAACAUUAGAUAUCUGUGUAAUGAUCUGCUGACCAAUAACCACACAUUCAGAAGUGAUCUUCCAGCAGAUAUCUUGAAAGUUAUUAAUGGUGUAUUAAUGUCUGAAAACUAUGCAUUUGAAUUCACUUUUGAGCUCAUUCAUGACAAUGAAAUAUAUGUUUUUUUUUUUUUUU